ACUACACAAAACAUUACUAGUACUCUAAGCACUACUGCUACUACUACACAAAAAAUUACUGCAACUACACAAAACUUUACUACUGCACCAAAUGUUACUACUAUUACACAAAACUUUACUACUUCCCCAACAAUUCCUAUUACUACAUCUAAAACUUACACUACACCUUCUACUUCUACUAGUACUACAUCUCCAACUUCAGUUACCCCGCCUACCACCACUGCCCUGAAAUGUGAUAAUGGAGGGGAAAACGUAAACGGUGUCUGCCUCUGUCCUGAUGAAUGGACUGGAGAGACAUGCUCAGAAGUAAAUUUCUGCGCAGCCCAACGAUUUGAAGGAUUCAGGUUCCCCCGUACACCCAUUGGUUGGUUCGCAUAUUCUGAUGAAAUAUGUGAAGUGGGAACAAGUGGCGCUGGAAAACCUCAGGCUUCAACCAGAUGCUUGUUCAUGAGCGAAUCACCAGGUUUCAACACUCUACAUAUCUUGCAGUGUAACCUGACACUCAGUGAUAUACAACAAAAUCUGACCAGUCCAGCUGAUUUAGAGAUGCUGGCAACCAGCACUCAGAUUCUGACAUCCAACCCAGAAGAGCUGACGGCUGAAAAUGUUACAGCAGCGGCUGAGAUCGCCAACACACUGCUGCUGUCUGCAAAUGCCACAGAGAGUGUCAGAGUGGCAGCAGUAGCAACGGUCAGUCAGCUGCUGAACACCACUGUAUCAGAUGACACAGAGGAAAACAACACAACUCUGGGGCUGACGGUGACUCUGGACCAGCUCUCAGUGAACCUCAGCCUCAGUCUCAAUGCAUCUCAAUCUCAGGUGGUUCAGCCAAACCUGGUGGUCCAGUCGGCACAGAUCCCUGCUGCAAACACUCAGGGAGUCCAGUUCACUUCUCUUAGAGGGACGUCUGGCAGUUUUGUAGCUGAGAGAAUUCAGCUGAACACAAAUGCAACACAGGUUGUGGUGGAAAACGGUUUCAUAGCUGAUGCCCUCAUUUAUGUAAGAUUCCCUCAAGGCAAAGGUGUCAGAAGUCGUCAGACAGACUCAAACGUCUCUCUGGGUUUCGUUCUCUAUCAGAACGAUCGUUUCUUCCGUUCAAAACUCUACAUGAGGCGACGGGCCACCAUCAGGGUCCUGUCAGCCAGCGUCAGUGGGCAGGAACCCAACAUGGUGCCACAACAUGUGGAGAUGAUGUUCAGGCCAAGAAACAUCAGUGGGACGUCUCUGUACGACUUCUCUUGUGUUUUCUGGAACUACAGUCAGAAGGACUGGAGCACCAGUGGCUGUUCUAAAGGAAACACUUCAGAUGGACUCAUGAGAUGUUUCUGUAACCACACCACCAACUUUGCUGCUCUCUGGUCAUACAGAGAGAACUACGAGUAUGCAGAAGCCCUGGGUGUGAUCUCCAUUGUGGGACUUUCUCUUUCUAUUCUAGGUUUGGUUGUGACGAUCAUUUAUCACAUUAAAGAAAACUUCUUCAGCAAGUCUCAUGGGCAGCCAAGUAACUUGAAUUCAAAGCUGGCUCUGCUGUGCAUCUACCUCAGCCUGCUGGCCUUCAUCAUCACCUUCCUCUCUGGAGUCCAAAACUCCAGCAGACAGAACGACACAAAGGUGCAGAGUGAUGAUCGGAUCAACAACAUCUUGAACUCUGAUGAACACAUAGAACCAGACCGCGGCUCGUGUACGGCUGUAGCAGCUCUGCUGCACUUCCUCCUGAUGGCCACCUUCAUGUGGAACAGUGUAUACAGCACUCAACUGGUGCUGCUGGUCCGGUCAAUGCGCCGCAGCCUGCCAACACACUGGACUCCACUGAGUGUGACUCUCGGAUGGGGAAUGCCAGCGUGUUUCAUGAUCAUCACACUGGGGGUGAGCUACAGGGUGGACAAUCCGCUGGGAUAUAGACAAGAGGAAUUUUGUUGGCUGGCAGCGUUGGAUAAGAACAAACAGUUCAACUUUGGAAAACCGAUGUUUUGGGCUUUCCUUCUUCCUAUCGGCCUGAUCCUGAUUUACAACAUCGUCCUGUUGGUUAUUACCUCCAUGACUACAUGCAAAGUUGAACCCAGACUGACCAGCAACAAGAAGUCAUCUUUAAGCAGGAAGUUCCUCAUUAGUUUAUCUCUGGCGGUGUUACUCGGUCUGUCCUGGACUCUGGGAUAUUUCGUGCUGCUCAGUUCAGAAAAAACACACCUGAUCUUCAGCAUUUUGUUCUACAUCUGUACAACCACACAGGGUUUACAAAUUUUCCUCCUCUUCACAGCUCGAACACGGGCCUUCAGAGCCUCCAUGUCACGGUCCAUGCAGUACAUUUCCUCAAUCAACAUCCCUCUGAACAACACAAAGUACAAUCUGUGGAAGAAGUGGAAUACCUGGAAUAUGAGCCAAUCGGAGACCUACAGGGAUCUGAGUGACAUCGAAAUGACCACCAGCAAAACCCUGUAGGACCUGAGGAGGACUUACAAAAAAACCUCUUGCAGUAAAAACUUGUCAUGUUGACAAGGAUUACAUGCAUACAUCACAAUGAAAAUUCAUAUUUUACAGUGUAAGCUAAUAGCUGGGAAUAUUGCUGAAGUCUCCUGGAUGAGCUUCUGAUUUUUUAAGUGUAUUUUUGACUGACUGAACUGCAUUUCCCAGAAUUUCCAACAUGCUGUUCUGCCAUCAGAGGAAGAAGCGGUUGGAUUUCCUGACUGCUUUGACAGUCUCUCGUUCUCUACAUGAAAGACGACAGAGAUGACAUAGAUUAUAAAGACUGCUCUGCUACGCACUUUCUAUCCAAAAUUAUGAUCCUAAGUUGGCAUUUUUCCUUCACAGCUAUCUAUAAGUUCACUGUAUCUUGUAUAAAACACAAUGUUUUGUUCAUCACAUCAAUAGGCAACAUAAAUAAAUAUUUGUUGUCAGGUGGUAAAGUUCAUAUUUUAUCCAAUUCUUUACUUCCCACCUAUAAAUUAGAAAUACAAAAAUUGAAGGCUCUGAAAAUGUGCUGAGGUUUGUUCAUGCUUUUUGUACAAUACUGAUGCACUGUUAUUUUUAGUGUUUGUUUUUGUGCUGUUAUUUAUGUCCAGCAGAAACUCUUGUUUCUGUAUUCAUUAUGAAUUCAAGGUGCUGCGCUGGUGUCCAAGCAGCUCUUCAUACUGAUCUGAAGUGAUUAAUGAUGGUGAAUGUGUCUUUUUAAAAACUGGUGACCCAGCUGGACAAAGCAGUGAUCAUUGCUGCCUCCAGGUGGUGACAGUUAGUUUGUUUUGACUUCAAAGUUCACAGCAGAGCUGAAUGAUAAACGUUUUAUUUUACCAGAGAAUAGUGUUUAUCAUCAUUUAAAUUGUACUGGAAGCUUUUGAAAUGUUGGAAAUGUCACACCUUUUAAUUUUAAAAUUGCACUUUUUUCUUUCAUGAAUUACAGUUAUUUGUAUUUUAAGCUUUGUCUUGUGUCUGAAAAGAUUUAGCUGUCCACUAAUUUCAGAUUUCCAGCCUAAAACGUCAACACUUUGAAAGGAGCCAAUCUGCAUUUCUACUCGAAGUUUUGAGCCUUUAAUUUGUCAUUUUAAUUUUAAAAGAUUUGGCUUCAGUGGCGUAUUGUUAUUUCGUUAUGUUGUCUACUAAUCCAACAGCUUGUGGUUUAAUAUGAAAUGUGAAGUUUUUGAUAUGAUUUUUGUAUUGAACAACUUUGUGACAGAAAAAUCACACUUAAUUGGAGAACAUAGUUGUCUUUAAAAACUGAUUUCCACUUUAAAUAAAUUUUUGUGUUAUUUUG